AUGGCCGGUGUGCCGCAAAAGACUCUGAGCUGGCUCUAUGAUGUCUUGAAGCGUGAAUACCGAGACCCCAACCGAACCUACUCCGACCUCGCCUACGUGCUAUCCCGCAACAAUGGAUUCGCACCUCGAACCGAUGUCUACACUUUUGAGAACGGAGUAUCGGCGCUCCUAAUCCAUUUCAAAGGGACGAUACCAGUCAACUUUCGAGGGAAUGUCUACAGGUUCCCCAUCUCAUUAUGGGUACCUCAUACAUAUCCAUACGAACCGCCCAUGUGUUAUGUGACGCCGACGGACGACAUGAUAAUAAGACCUGGGCAAUAUGUUGGUGGGGAUGGGAAAAUCUAUCAUCCAUAUCUGGCACAUUGGCGAGAAGCCUGGGAAAGAUCUAACCUUGUCGACUUCCUUUCCAUAUUGGCCGAUGUCUUUGCGAAAGAACCGCCUGUUGUCGCCAAAGGUCAGCCACAACAACGACUAACUCAACCAACGCCGCCUCCUGUGCCACCUCUACCCAGAGAGCUCACACAGCAUCCCUCACCUGUCCCCGUGUCUAGUCCACCACCACCACAACAACACCAAGUAGGACCCCCGCCGCCACCGCCGAAGCCGUCUGCCCAUCUUGAACGACAAUCACCACCAGGUAUCUCUAGCCAGCGACAGAGCCGAUACGAUGCGCCCCCACCAUUGCCUCCACAUCAACUGAGUCCCGGUCAGAGACCUCAGCACCCCUACGGAAACGGCGACGUGCCUAGAUCUCCAACUGGUCUAAACUAUUCGCCUCAGCGAACUAGCAGUCUACGGCAAUCGAUGCUUCCACAGCAGCAGCAGCAGCAGCAGCAGCAGCAACCCCUUUACGGAGCUCAACCUUACAGACCGGGCGAAAGCCAGCAAUACGCUCAGCAGCCAGGAUCAUCAAAUCCUUAUCCAGGGCAAGUCUAUGAUCCUCGGUCGCAGCUAACCCAAUACCACUCACAACCACUUCAACAAGGUCAUCCUCGAUAUUCCGGUGGCCCUCAGAACCCCCCUGGCCAAACCCCACCACCGCAACAGCCUCAUCCUCAGUACCAAGGUCAACCCCACCCACAGCCGCCUGUCUCACAACCGAAAGCUGAGCCCCCUCCUGACCUUCUCGACUCUCCUUUCGAAAUCUCCCUUCCCUCAGCGGCUAACGCUACAGCUCAUGCUAAAACCGCCAUCCCUGCUCCUCCCAUCCCCGUCAACCCGGAAAAGGAAGCCCUCCUUACUCAUCUCUCCCACACAGUCACUCAAUCCCUCCACUCUCAAAUUGCUCAAUCCACAAGCGCCCUGCCCGCACUGCGUUCCCAAAAUGCAGCACUCCAGUCGACUCUGACCACUUUGUCCGCUGAACUCACCAACUUGCAAACUCUACACUCGACAAUAUCGGCCAAUCUCUCGCUGCUGUCGACCUCGCUUUCCAAAUCCGACGGCGUGAUCUCUUCGGCCCGCCAACGCGCAAGCCAGAACGACAUCCCGGCCGUCGACGACAUGCUGGUUCCUCCAACCGUCGUGGCUCGUCAGAUGUACGACGCCGCAUGUGAAGAAAGGGGUAUCGAAAAUGCCAUCCUGGCUUUGCAGGAAGGAUUUGUCCGGGGGCGCGUCGCACCAGAUAUAUGGUCGAGGAAGACGAGGGAACUUGCUCGAGAAGGCUUCAGAAGGAGGUGGAUGGAGAGGAAGGUCGCAAAGGGCAUGGGUUUGGAUUUGAGCCAAUACGGGUCAUAG